ACAAACCGUGAGAUCAUGACCUGAGCCGAAGUAAGACAUCUAAGCCACCUGAGCCACCCAGGCGCCCCACAUCACCAUAAUUUGAAUCCUGCUUACCUGCUUAUCUGUUGCUGCCUCUUGUUUGUAUUCACUCCCAUCAUAACAUAUGUUCUCAUGAGGUUUUCUAGCGAUUCUGCUUCUUUUUGGCUAACAGAACUCCAUCGUCCCCCACAGCUCAGCUAAAGCCCUGUUUAUGUAGGACCUGCUGUGUGGGCCGUGGGGCACCAGACCCUGUGCCCUACUCUGCCCUGUAGCAGUGUGUGAUCACCAGACCGUGAGCAAGUUGGCACUGGGUAAUUGUCUUCCUUUCAGGGAGGUUUCCCUGAGUGUUCAGUGAAUUAGUAAACUCAGUUAUUUAAUGAAGAGUUUAUAAAUUAGCCUGUCUAAUGGUUAACUAUGUAGGCAGUGGGUUGGUGGUUCUGAAUAUUUUGAUGGACACAUUCUGUGGAUUUUGUAUCAGAAGUUCAUGUAGGCACUGACUGUGAAGAGCAGACAUCACCUUCUAAGAUGGCAUUUAAGAAAAUUCAGAGGCUCUUUUCCUUCCACAGAUGACCUUGGUCUUGCAAAUAUCGUGAAAGAGCUGGAGGAAAAAGUUAGAAAUAAAACCCCCACUCUCCAAAUCCUCCCAACUGGGAUCAGCCUCAAAAUUUUACAACUCAAAAAAAAAAAUCUCAGACCAAUGAGUCUUGUCUUCCGUGUGCCUCCGCCUGUCUGCCUGGUGGCAGGUUCAUUCGUCAAGACACUGACACUGACUGCUGAGUGACUCCUGAGCAGUUUCUGUUACAAGCGCUGUUUCAGGUGCUUGAGCUGUAAAGCUGGGUAGGUGUUAAUGACGAGGUUGAUUUACCGAUUAUGUUCCUCCCCCCCAUAGGUGAUGGAAAGAUCUCCCCACGGAGCCCUCUUAACGAACAGAAGUUGUUGGGCAAGCAGUCAGAACCAAGUGAAUCACAAAUCCUGAAAGGGUAUUUCUUCCAGGAUUAGGAAGUCUUCCACUGCCCUUUUCCCUACUAGCGUUCUCGUAUCUAAAGAUGGCGCAGUCACUAAUAGUAAUUAACAAAUUGUCCAGCAGUGAACCAGCAAUAUAACCUGAGCACUUUCAGUUUCCACCCUCCCAGGAUCAGAAUCCUACCCUGAGAGCUACAAGCAGAACUUGUAUUCAGGCCACCAGUGUGGCUGGGUGGGUCGUUCACUGCCCGGGGGCUCUCGCCUGGAAGGGGAGUGGUCUCUGGAAUCUAGCCCACACACUGCUCAGCAAACAGUGCUCAGCUGCAUCCACCCUGAGGAAAGGGGUGGGGGGCGGGGGGUCCUUGACGGUUCCGUGUAAAGCGGCUAUAUGGGUAACCCGUAUUGAAUGUUUUAGCUGCAGACUCUGUUUCAAAUGUUUGAUGUAUAGUCACGUAGGCUGAGUACCCUUCCCCUGGGGUUGGUAGUAUUAUUGUUGUCAUUAUCAUUAUUGUUUCCAAUUUAUAGAUUGGAAUUUGAGGCACAAAGUAGUAGCAAGUUGGGGAUGCCACUGUUCCCGUCCUGGUUGUCUGAUUCCAGAGCCUGCGCCCUUCACGACUCUGUUCUCUUCUCCCUCAACUAGAUCCUGUGGCUUCAGAGUCCUCUUCCUGUUUCUGUGUCUAUCAUCCUUAGCUCUCAGGCUCUCGUAUCCCUUUCUGUGAGACCUUAGAGUCCCGUCUGCUUGUUUUUGUCUUUACAAACCAGAGGGACAAGACCUAGAAUGCUGGUUCUGGGGUGAGAGCUGGAUUCCGAUUCCGCCCCUGCAUCUUGACCUUACCAAGCCUCAGCUUCCUCGUCUAUUAAAUAGGAGCGACUGUCCUCAUCAUCAUCGUUGAUUAAGAACUUCCUAAAAUGCCAGCUAAGGAUGGGCUCAGACGUGUAGGUGAUUGGACCAAAGUCACACGACUUGUACAAGAGUAGCUUCCUCACAGGACUCAGCCCUUCCCUAGAAGUAGAAGGAGGACAAAAUGACCAAGUUCAAGGCAGUGUCUGGAAACAUUUCUGGCGUCACCACUUGAGGGAGGCUUCUGGCUUCCAGUGCAUAGAAGCCCGGGAUGCUGGUAAACAUCUUGCGGAGGCGGUGACGUUCAAGGACGUGGCUGUGGUCUUCACCGAGGAGGAGCUGGGGCUGCUUGACCCCGCCCAGAAGAAGCUGUAUGGAGACGUGAUGCUGGAGAACUUCCGGAACCUGCUCUCUCUGGGGCACCAACCCUUCACACCAGAUGCAGUACCCCAGUUCAAGAGGGGAGGAAGGCUUUGGAUGAUAAAGGCAGCAACCCAGAGCCACGGCUCCUCAGGAGACAGGAAUCUAAAUGAUGCGGAGACUCUUCAGGAAAUUGGAUUAAAGUACCUGCCACAUGAAGAGCUUUUCUGCUCGCAAAUCUGGCAACAGGUUACAAAGGAGUUAAUCCAGAGCCAAGAUGCCAUGGUAAAUAUCCAAGGAACUGGCUCUCAGCUGGAAAAACAGGGUGAUGCACUCUAUAAAGAUGGGGAGUUUGGUAAAGGCUUUAAUCAGACUUCGUGUCUUCAAAUUCACCACAGAGACCACACAGGAGGAAACCCCUAUAAGGGGGGAGAGUGUGAGAAUGGUCUCAUUGAGCACUCUCAUCUUCAGACUCACCAGACAGCCCAUGUGGGAGAGAAGCCCUAUAAAUGUGGAAAAUGUGGAAACACCUUCCGCCGACUUUCCAGCCUUGAAGCCCAUCAGAGAGUCCACAGCAGGGAGAAAUCGUACAAACGCGAUACAUCGCGUAAGGGUCUCCGACAGAGGUCACAUCUUCGCCAUCCGCAGAGAGCCCCCCCUGGAGAGAAUCCACACAAGUACGAGGAGUGUGGGAGGAGCGUCCGGAGAAGCUCCCAGUGUCAAGCUCCUCUGAUAGUCCGCACGUUGGAGAAACCUUAUAAAUGUGAGGAGUGCGGGCAGAGCUUCAGUCAGGGCUCGUAUCUUCAAGUCCACCAGAGAGUCCACGUGGGAAAGAAACCCUAUAGAUGUGAAGAGUGUGGGAAGGGCUUCAGUUGGCGUUCGCGACUGCAGGCUCACCAGCGAAUCCACACAGGAGAGAAACCAUACAAAUGCGAGGCCUGUGGCAAGGGCUUUAGUUACAGCUCACACCUUAACAUCCAUUGUCGAAUCCACACAGGAGAGAAACCCUAUAAAUGUGAAGAGUGUGGGAAAGGCUUCAGUGUGGGCUCACACCUUCAGGCCCAUCAGGUCAGCCACACUGGAGAGAAACCUUACAAAUGCGAGGAGUGUGGGAAGGGCUUCUGUCGGGCCUCAAAUCUUCUGGACCAUCAGAGAGGCCACACUGGUGAGAAACCAUAUCAGUGUGAUGCCUGCGGAAAGGGCUUCAGUCGUAGCUCGGAUUUUAACAUUCACUUUAGAGUCCAUACGGGAGAGAAACCCUAUAAAUGUGAGGAGUGUGGGAAGGGCUUCAGUCAGGCCUCAAAUCUUCUGGCCCAUCAAAGAGGCCACACUGGAGAAAAACCGUACAAGUGUGGUACGUGUGGGAAGGGCUUCAGCCGGAGUUCAGAUCUUAACGUUCAUUGUAGAAUCCACACGGGAGAGAAACCCUAUAAAUGUGAGAAGUGUGGUAAGGCCUUCAGUCAGUUCUCGAGUCUUCAAGUGCACCAGAGAGUCCACACUGGAGAGAAACCGUAUCAGUGUGCGGAGUGUGGGAAGGGCUUCAGCGUGGGUUCACAGCUCCAAGCCCAUCAGAGGUGCCACACUGGAGAGAAGCCGUACCAAUGUGAGGAGUGUGGGAAAGGAUUCUGUCGGGCCUCGAAUUUUCUGGCUCAUCGUGGCGUCCACACGGGAGAGAAACCGUACCGGUGUGACGUGUGCGGUAAGCGCUUCAGACAGAGAUCCUAUCUUCAAGCCCACCAGAGGGUCCACACUGGGGAGAAACCAUACAAGUGUGAGGAGUGCGGGAAGGUCUUCAGUUGGAGCUCAUACCUUCAAGCCCAUCAGAGAGUCCACACUGGAGAGAAACCAUACAAGUGUGAGGAGUGUGGGAAGGGGUUCAGUUGGAGCUCAAGCCUUAUAAUUCAUCAGCGAGUGCAUGCUGACGAUGAGGGUGAUAAAGACUUUCCCACCUCGGAGGAUUCGCGCAGGAAGGAAGCUCCAGAAAAGUGAUAAUGUUUUAAUACCUCAAAUGGGUGCUGAAACAAUCCCGUUACCAGACCUGUCAUAGGAGACAAAACAUUUGUUGAAAGAGAGUCAGUAUUUCAGCCGGAGCUCCGCAUGUCUCAGUGGUUGGGCGACCACAUAGCAGAGAAGCCUCAUGAGAGCGGAGACUUAAAGUAAGGGCUUCAUUUAGAACGUUGACACGUAGCAGAUGUGACACAGAAGAGAGGCUUAGGAGGGAUGAGUCCGUCUUCCGCUAGAAUAUAAGCUCCAGGAGAGUAGAGAUGCGUCGGCUGCCAAAUCUAUUCAGCCUUUCAGUGCCUCACACGUUGUAGGUGUUCGGUAACGUUCAAUCAGUGUAGGGAGAAGAGUCAUCGUUGAGAUUUUUUCUUCGGUUCGUCUUGCAAAAUGUCUAUGAGAUGUACUUAGAAGAAGAAUCUGCAAGGCUUAGAGGACACGUAAAUUAGGCAUGUGGGCUCAUUUCCCCAACCCUGCAGGUCCUGUGAACUGGUGUUUCUCAGCCUGUCAGGAGGUCCAAAAAUCAAUUCAGUGGGUUGUAACCAGCACUUAUGUGUGCGGAUACUUUAUUGAGGUAUAAUUUGCAUGCAGUAACAUGCAUAAAUCUCAAGUGUACAGCUUCCUGAAGUUUUGCAAAUGUAUAACACUUGUGUAAUCCUCACCCAAAUUGAUGUGUGCAGUAUUUCUAUUAAACCAGACUGUUUCCUCGUG